GCAUCAUUCUUCCAUUCGACUAAAACGACAUUGUCAUGUCCGCUUCAGCAGUAACAGGAGCAGCCAAAGCUGUCGCUACAAAGACCAAUCCUGGCACAUCCGCUUCUUCUAAGACUGUCUAUCUCUUCCGUCAUAUUCAGACCUCGCAAGUCCUUGUAUCACUCAAAAACUCGGUCGAGAAACAAUCACUCAAGCAAAUCACAGAUGAGACUCGUCGCCCAGCUCACGUACGCCCAGACCACUGGCAUCCCCUUGUCGCUAUCCAGGGCUUCGCUCGACACCAAGAUGCCCUCGCCUUCCAUAAUUCUCUUAGGGACCACCAGCUAAACAUGCACACAGCCAAGACCUCAAACGAGACACACAUGCUCCAGCCUCGCCGUUUGCGUGCUCCACAGGAGAUGAAGCAAGUAGAUGAGACCCUGGUCAAGAUGGUUGAGCUUCUGAAUGAGCAACCCCAGAUUAAGGCCAACAAGGGCAAGGGUAUUCAUAUUCUUUGGGAAAGAGAAGGCGUCAGAAAACAAUUACUUGAAAAGGAUGGAGUGUCGCUGUUGGAAGGUAUUGAACAUGGAGAUUUGGUCAUCAGGCGGGGAAGGGAUAUUGUGAAUGCGUAAUUUUUUAUAGUGCGGCACGUAUGCAGCAUUAGGCACUACUCACUUAUACAUAUCAUAGACAUUACCAUAUAUAAAUAACAACCUCAAACAGCG